UACAAAUAGUAGAAUUAGAGAAAUGAUGUGCUAUGACGUCAUGACAACAGACAAACAUCAUGGAGUAUACCGGCAGUAGCUACGAAGGUGACUACAAAAAUGGACGGAUGGAAGGAAAAGGCAAGUAUGCCUUUCCAACUGACACCAAGUACGAGGGAGAAAUGAAGGAUGGAAUGUUCCAUGGGCAAGGAACACUGUACUUCCCCAACGGAAGCAAGUAUGUGGCCAAGUGGGAGAAUGGAAUUGCUGUGGAUGGGAAGUACACGUUUGCGGACGGCUUGGAGUUCGACGAGCCGGAGUGGCUGUAUUGCGACGGCUACGACAGGAGGUUCUUCACUGAGAUUUGCGAUGGUCUGAAACCAGCAGGCCGCUCUCAGCUGACCAAUCGCAUCCCACCGAGAGACAUUCCAGAGGGUUGCUAUGACACCGGGGAUGGCUUCUAUAACCCAAACACCCGAGUCAUCGUUGAUUAUAACCACAAGUUUCUGAGGAACGCAGAUGAUGAUGAGCAUGCAUGGAUCAUCAGAACAUGCCGGAAAGGAUGGGACGAGAUAGUCGGUUACCAAGCCAAACCAGAUGUCUAAUAUACAUUUUUUUCUACCAGCUUUUAUCUACCAAUACAUGAAACUUGAAUUUUGAAUGUUUCACAUCACCUCUCAAUAAAAAAACCAUGAUAUGCUGUGAAUCACUGACAGUAAUCCGCCUUGAGCAGAAGCACCCCCUCAUUGGUUGAAAAGAGCCAUGUUGGAAGGGAGUGUUCAAUUUGUUGGUAGUGAUGGUAAUACUUCGUGAACCGGGAAGUUCGGUUCUGACCAAAGGAGCCUCCGUUGCCAAGAACAUAGCACCCUCCCUUGGUCCAGCUCGAGGAUCAUAAUGAAGCUUGUUAGAUUUUGUACAUUUCUUGUAUAAAAAAUGUUGUAAAUAAAAAGGCAAGUGCCUGUAGACACAG